AUGCCGGCCCGGGCUUCCCACUAUGUCGUCCGCCCCGGCCCUACGACCAGGCUGCCGUCCGGUAUGGUUGUUCAGGAGCCCGGCCGCUUCGUUCCCCUGAUCGCUAUCGACCAGCUGCCCGAUUGGCUCGAGGUCGUCGGUGUGCCGCGUCAACUGCUCUUUUCCCAGGCCGUCGACAUGAUCGCCAUCGGAGCCGUCGCCCGCCCAUCCGACCUCCAGAUCCACAACUCUACCCUCGCCAACGACGACGUCUUUGAGGUGCGUGUACUCCGCCGCCAUGACAGCGAUAUCGCGGUGCCACCCGCAGCCGUCUUUCCGGCCUCGCCGGCUGUCAGUGCCACUGCCAGCUCCACCACUCUCGGAAUGGCCGCGGAAAGAGCAACAAUGAAAGACAUGUCCACGAAGAACACUUCGACACCCAGAAAGGCUGCCGCCAGCGAUAGUGACGCUUGGUCUCGCGAUGGCAGCGUCAGCAGCUGGAGCCGAGAGCCCAGAAGCAGAGCCGGCCGCUCUGCCACGCCGAGCAACAUCUGGACGGUCAAGUCUGCAAAGACUACAAAGCCCCCUAAGGCCUCCACCGACAUGUCGGAUCGUCAGCCCUGCCGACACUGGUGUCAGACCGGGAAAUGCUCUUUCAAGUCUGGAUGCAAAUUUUCACAUGUCAUGCCAGAGACCAUAAAAGGCCUCCGUGUCGUUGGCCUCUCCCGCUUUCCUGAUUGGUAUCGUGACCAGAUGGGGUUGGACCGAAAGGGACACGGCGCAGGACUCGGCAACACUGGUGGCAAACAAGGAAGAAGCAAUAGCCACAAUCGCAACAGCAGCAACAACAAGAAAAUGGGCGGCAAUGCGCAGCUGCGCAUCUCAUUGGCCAGCUGCAAAACCGUGUCGGACAACACAAUGACAGCUUCUGCCAAGGAGGACUAUCGCAGCAUCGACCAACUGAGCGAAAAGGAAUGGGACGUCGCCAUGGGCGAGAUCGAUAUCCGACUGUCUAGACGAAGCUCCGUGACCACAAAGUUGCACAGCAACGAGACUACUCUUACCGAGACGACAGGCCUGGCCAUCUCUGGUGCCCAAAUCCCUCGUUGCCAGGACGAUGCUGAUGAGAACCUGAUGGACUUGUAG